GGCGCCUCCGCGGCCCCGGCUCCCGGCCGCAGCUUCCUCGCGCGCGCGGGCGCGGGGCGCGGGGCCCGGGGCUCGCUUCGCCGAAGGGGUCGCGGCACUAACUCCAAGCUGGUGUGCAAAGCCCCCGAGCAGCGGCCGGCCCAAGAGCUGGAGUCACCAUGGCCGCGGGCGUGGCAGCCUGGCUGCCCUUCGCGCGGGCGGCGGCCAUCGGGUGGAUGCCGGUGGCCAACUGCCCCAUGCCGCUUGCCCCCGCCGACAAGAACAAGCGGCAGGAUGAGCUGAUCGUCCUCAACGUGAGCGGCCGGAGGUUCCAGACCUGGCGGACCACGCUGGAGCGCUACCCAGACACGCUGCUGGGCAGCACGGAGAAGGAGUUCUUCUUCAACGAGGACACCAAGGAGUACUUCUUCGACCGGGACCCCGAAGUGUUCCGGUGCGUCCUCAACUUCUACCGCACGGGGAAGCUGCACUACCCGCGCUAUGAGUGCAUCUCGGCCUACGACGACGAGCUGGCCUUCUACGGCAUCCUGCCGGAGAUCAUCGGAGACUGCUGCUACGAGGAGUACAAGGACCGCAAGCGGGAGAACGCCGAGCGGCUCAUGGACGACAACGACUCGGAGAACAACCAGGAGUCCGUGCCGUCGCUCAGCUUCCGCCAGACCAUGUGGCGGGCCUUCGAGAACCCGCACACCAGCACGCUGGCCUUGGUCUUCUACUACGUGACUGGCUUCUUCAUCGCCGUGUCGGUCAUCACCAACGUGGUGGAGACGGUGCCGUGCGGCACGGUGCCCGGGAGCAAGGAGCUGCCGUGCGGGGAGCGCUACUCCGUGGCCUUCUUCUGCCUGGACACGGCCUGCGUCAUGAUCUUCACCGUGGAGUACCUCCUCCGGCUGUUCGCGGCGCCCAGCCGUUACCGCUUCGUCCGCAGCGUGAUGAGCAUCAUCGACGUGGUGGCCAUCAUGCCCUACUACAUCGGCCUGGUCAUGACCAACAACGAGGACGUGUCCGGCGCCUUCGUCACGCUGCGGGUCUUCCGCGUCUUCCGGAUCUUCAAGUUCUCGCGCCACUCCCAGGGCUUGCGGAUCCUGGGCUACACGCUCAAGAGCUGUGCUUCCGAGCUCGGCUUUCUCCUCUUCUCCCUCACCAUGGCCAUCAUCAUCUUUGCCACUGUGAUGUUUUACGCCGAGAAGGGCUCCUCGGCCAGCAAGUUCACGAGCAUCCCUGCCUCUUUUUGGUACACCAUCGUCACCAUGACCACCCUGGGAUAUGGAGAUAUGGUGCCCAAGACAAUUGCAGGGAAGAUUUUUGGCUCCAUCUGCUCCCUGAGUGGCGUCCUGGUCAUCGCCCUGCCGGUCCCGGUGAUUGUUUCCAACUUCAGCCGGAUUUACCACCAGAAUCAGAGAGCUGAUAAACGCAGGGCACAAAAGAAGGCCCGCCUUGCCAGGAUCCGCGUGGCCAAGACAGGCAGCUCCAACGCCUACCUGCACAGCAAGCGCAACGGACUCCUCACGGAGGCGCUGGAGCUGAUGGGCACCCCGGAGGAGGAGCACAUGGGCAAGAGCACCUCCCUCAUUGAGAGCCAGCACCAUCACCUGCUGCACUGCCUGGAGAAAACCACUGGGUUGUCUUAUCUUGUGGAUGAUCCCCUGUUAUCUGUACGAACUUCUACCAUCAAGAACCACGAGUUCAUCGAUGAGCAGAUGUUUGAGCAGAACUGCAUGGAAAGCUCGAUGCAGAACUACCCUUCCACAAGGAGCCCCUCACUGUCCAGUCACCCGGGCCUCACCACCACCUGCUGCUCCCGGCGUAGUAAGAAGACCACGCACCUGCCCAACUCCAACCUGCCGGCCACGCGCCUGCGCAGCAUGCAGGAACUCAGCACGAUCCACAUCCAGGGCAGCGAGCAGCCCUCCCUCACCACCAGUCGCUCCAGCCUUAAUUUGAAAGCAGACGACGGACUGAGACCAAACUGCAAAACAUCCCAGAUCACCACAGCCAUCAUCAGCAUCCCUACCCCCCCAGCGCUCACCCCAGAGGGGGAAAGUCGGCCACCCCCUGCCAGCCCCGGCCCCAACACGAACAUUCCUUCCAUAGCCAGCAAUGUCGUCAAGGUCUCCGCCUUGUAAAACCGCUGGACGGAGGGCCAGUGCGGGGAAUGGGAGCAAAGGGGGCUGGCAUGUGGGUGGGUGGCCGCUGGGACCACUCCCUCCCCCGCUUCCCCACUCGUUCUGCCUGCCCCCUUGCACACCUAGCACUGAAACUUGUGCCUGGAAGGAAAAGGAGGCGGCAAAGGGGCCCCUGAGGUUCACCGCUGCUGGCGCGGACCGGACGUGGCCCUGUGCUACUGCAUCUCGCUGGGGCCGGAGGAAGGGAGGGGGGUGGGGGACGGGAUGGCUGGGAGGGUGGCGUAGAGGCUGUGUGCCAGGACAGGGCCUGGAGGGGGGAGCCUCAGACCCAAUAACAGUCGUUUCUGGAGACCCGAGUGAGGAAAAUACAAGACCGAGAGCAGCACAGAGGCCGAGCUGUCACAUGCAAAACAGGAAGAAAAUAUAACACUGUGUAUUUAAGCACCUUUUUCAAGGCUCUUAAUGGAUAAUAUUUAUUCAUGGGAAAAGGUGGAAAACAAAACACCAACGGAUUUUUGUGAAAUAUUUUUCUCCAUGGACCCAAUACCUUUGAACCAAAACAAUGCAUUUUGUGAGGGUUUUUUUUUUUUUCCUUCUUUUAUAGCAAAGCAUUUAGGCUCAGAAGUCAGUUAUUGCUGAGUUCUCUCUCCAUUCCCCCAGGUGGGUGAGGUCAACUGAGCCUGGGCCCCCAUUGCCCAGCUGACCUGCACAGAGCUGCCAACCGACCACACAGCAACACUUACCCUCCGUCUGUCCUUUGUCUCUGUACCUCUCUGCUUCACCCCCCUGGCUGUUUUUCUCUGUGUCCAGCCAUCUGUCUCUACAUGGACCCCAGUGAUCCUGAGACGUUGGUAAAGCCUUCUCUGCUACCGAGCCCCUGCAGACUCGUGCCUGGGAGUUACAGCUGUGUGAACGCAGCUGUGGAAGAGAAAAGAAGCCCAAACGGGAGAGUUUAGGGUUGAGGGAAGUCCACUUGAUAGAACAAAGUGCUUCCCUUGCGGCUGGAACCAGUGGUCUUUGCCGUUUCCAUUUCUGGGGGAAAAAAGGGAAUGGCCAGAUUUUUCCUGCUGGGAUCUUGACACAGGAAACAGCCAAUACCUAGGAGACACCGUCAAGUCUGGCGUGUGCCAGUGAGGAGAGAACAGAAGAGCCCAGGGCUCCCAGCUGUGGUCGGCCCCUGGAGCACCUCGCUAUGUACCCUUCUUUCAGGACCCACCAUAAAGCCUCCCAGCAUCCUGCCAAGAGGCCCCAGAAGCACUUGCCAGCAGAAAGGGCAAGCUUCUGACUUACCUUAUGCCUGAGGUAGUUCCCAUCCCAAGGCUGCAGAAGAUUAAGCCUGUGUGCUUCAUGAAGGAUGCUCGCAAGUGUGAAAGCAAGUAAGCGAUUCUAGAUGAUUCUUGCCUGGCCUGAAACGUGUUUGAGGUCUGAAGGGUCUUCAGGCCUGAUGUCCCCGAAGGUGACUGAAGUGGGGGCGAAGCCUGAUCGCCUCCGUGCAAGUGAGGUGAUGUUACUUCUGGAGAACCUGUUCAAGUGGCUUGCACCCUGGUGGGACUGGGAAAGCAUUUCUGGAAUCCUCCUACCAUUUUUCACUGCUUAGAGGGCAGGUGGGCCUCAGGGUUAGUGACAAGCCCCUUCCCACCCUCCCCAGCUGCAGGCUGUCUAGUCUGGGCUCUGAGCUGCAGAAGACCCUUAUCCAUUCUACACGUUAGCGAUCAGCAGUGUCACUGUGGGCCAAGGACCUCUCUGCCCACCACAACCACCUAGACGAGUUUCACUAGUCGGGAACCUUCGAAACACCUUCUGUGGGCUUCCCGAUGACCCCAGCUCCGCUGACCCCAUGGAAGGGGAAGGUCAACGGGUUCUGAGGUGGCCUCUGAGCAGAAAGUAGCCAGAAGGGCAGAGCAGGAGGAGCCUUCCACCUUUAUCUCAUGCUAUCCUCGCCGACCACUAACUGAGUCCUUUCUCUGGGCCUGGCCUCCAGGAUUUCCCCCUGGUGAGGGGGAAACCACCCCAUGAGAAUGGGGUAGUUUGGGCCUUCUGAGCUUGAAGUCUAAGUAGACAGAAAAGCUGUACAACUACGGAGGAAUAUAUGUGCACACACCUCCCCCCCACACACACACACACACCACCACCAACCCAGACACACCUGAGAACAAGUACUUCCAUCCAUUCACUUCAUACACAUACCCCGUUAGGGAAGGUAAAGGACUGGGCUGGACUCCAUGUAGAUCUCAGGCAAAGGACUAGAAACAGAAUUUUCCCUUUGAAAGAAUGGUAACGGAGCAAAGUUAGGAGUAUUGUAGUAUCCAAGUUUACAUCAUAAAAACUGAGUGGGGUAAGGGAUAAAGAGGGAAAUGGGAACAUUGAUUACGUACACAUACAAAUUGCCCGUGUCUAAGAGCAGGUCAUCACAGGAUUAGAACAAUGACAAUCUCCAGCCCAGGAUCUGUUCAAGAGUGUACCAAGGGAGCCUUUUGGUGCUUCCCACAAAAAUUAAUGAACAAGUUUUUUAAAAAUCGUGUCUCCAAUAGUUUCUCAUUUUUUGACCCUAAUAAACUGUUUUCUGUUUUUUCAAUUUCAUUUCUAAAUCCCACAUUGUGCCAGUUCCUAAAAGACUUUAGACUAUCCCCUUCAUCUCCAUCCCCCAGUGUAGACUUAGCCAGGGAUAAGAGACCCAGCUUACCUCUGGUCCAAGAGACGUCAACCCAGGAAAAUGGCGCAUCGACACAACAGAAUACAGCAAGACGACGCUGCUAGCAGACUUUCGUAAGUCAACCAGAAGGCCUAAGCGUGCUGAGUCGGUUUAAUGAGUCUAACUCGUUGGCCAGUGACUGCAGAGCCAGGGUAUCAGGGUUUUCUGGAGGCAAUGGCUUUCGCGGGAAAUGACCCUCGAGCUUUCAUAGUUCCUGAACCACUUCAGCAUAAUAGAAGAUUCCCAAAACCACUUACCCCUUUUGAUGCCACUCAGCAUUAGAGAGCAUUAAAAAACUAUUAUUAUCAUAGGCUACGUCCAAAUGAAUGGAAACUUAGAAAAGGUAGAAUUAAGAAUAUACCAGAAGUAGAAGGGAUUAAGGACUAUCUAAUUGGUUUUACAAUAUAGAAGGCUGAGGCCCAGAGAAAUGAAGGGACUUGCUCCAGGUCGUGCAGUCAUUAAUGUCCUAGCUGGGACCAGAACACAAGCCCCUUGGCUGUUGGUCUAAUGCUUUUUCCCCACUACACUUGCUGCCACUCAGAGGAACGAUGCUUCUUCAGAGAAGACCCAUCAAAGAAUUCAUGCUGUAACUAGGGACAUAGUCUUAUGCAAAUGGCAACACGACUUGGAAACAGCCCUUGGGGACAAACCAUCCUUUUGAAACCACCAUUCUCUGGGUAGAACCAGCUAUGGACUAUCAAUUCUGUCAAAAAAAAAAAAAAAAAGGUCAAGUGAACAGCUUUCAUUCAGCUGAAUGCUACCUCUUCCCCGUGAGGAGAGGGCUAAAAUAUUUCAAAGCAUACCUUCUAGAGUCCUUUUGACCCUUUCUACCACCUCUGAGGGUGGUAGGUCAAGUAACUAAGUCCUUGAUCCACAGAGAGGGAAAACAGGCGGGAAGAAGCUGAGUGACUUAUCCAAAUUCAUGUGGCAAGUUAGUGGCAGAACGGAUUGCAACCCAGGGCUGAGACGUCUUGUCCUGAGAUUUUUCUUUCACAUCAUGUUGCAUGACUCUGGGGUUUGCUUCUAUUUUUAAUACUUGGAUUUCCAGGGUGGUGACUGGGGGGGAGGAAGCAUUCCAUCAGAACCACCGUGAACCACGCCCUCAUCCCCUAGUCUCUUAACGGGUCAAGUUCAGGACUAACUGAGCAGAAUCCUGCUCGAAGGACCGGAGGUUCUCAGUGACAGUUGAACACAUUAGUCUACAAUCACACAGGAGUUUAAGGUCAGCAAGUAGAAAAGUGAAACUAAGAGAAACAAAGAAUUUGAACGGAAAUUAAAGUGGCCAGUUAAUGCUGAUGCGUGAUUAACGAGGGUCCCCCUGUGGUCGUGCUGAGGACUGGAGCUGGUUUUCAAAUUACGAGUUCUGCAGUUCAGGAUCAGGUCAGAACAGAGGCAGGAAAAGUGUACUGUGAGAUGUGUACCUAGAUUUCUUUCCUCAUCUUAACUUCGUAGAGGUAAUGGUUGAACUGGACCUACACCUAGAUUCUGAGGGUAUUAAUGAAGUCCAGUGGUCCGGGCUCCCUCCCCUCAAUCAUCAGGUAACUACAAGGCAGAAAGAUCCCAAUGCUGUUAAUCGAAGGCAAUAUUAGUGUCCCUUCUAAACUAGUUGGCAUGGUAACCAUGACAAACGGGAACCUGGACGACUUUCAUUUUCCCUUUCUGAUUUCCUUAUGAAAUCUCAUCAUUUGCAGAGCUUUAAAAUGACUGGUUGAAGGAAAAGCAUUUUGAUGACCCAUGACCCUUGGAGCCCAAACAGCAUCAUGAAGCGUGAGUGGCUAUCAGAAAAAGAAACAGCUUUAAAGGGGUUCCUUUUGAGUCUUGUUUUCUAUUCAGAAUGUUCUAUGUUUUUCUUAUCAAGUGUGGGAAUGACAUUUAUCUUAGCAGGUUACUUCACUACGCUGGUUGAUGUCACUCCAAACCAGUGUAGGGCACUGACCCAAGUCCUGGGAGGGCUCCUUGGACCAAUAGACUAUUUUACAAACCUGGGAGGUGGGAGGGAUGGUAUAUUUUUGAUAAUCAGACAUUCCAAUGUAAUGUUUUCCUUAGAGGUCACGCCCCUCCGUUAAUGUUAUCGUGAAAACCAUCAAGUGUGUUCUUUUCUAUUUUCGUAUAAUAAAUGGGCUUUGCUUACCAACAUCUCAAUGGCAAAGAAGAAAUACUGUACAAAACUGCAGGAAGAUAAACAUGUGAAAACUUUCUAUGGAAAAAAACAAAACAAAACUCUUGAGUUUCCUGUCGUCUUCUUUUGAAACUGUAGUGCAUAUGUUAAAGUGUAUUAUCAUUUACAGUACUGAGUCACGUGCCACUGCUGUAGCUGAUGUAUCCAAUCUGGAUUAAACAGACUAUGUGCCACAAACCCUGAAGUGAUUACGAAUGGUUAUUUUCAUACCAGUUCUCCUGCU